AUGUCUUCUCCGUGGAAGCAACAGCCCGAAGAGGUGGCGGACAAGGUGCUGAAGAGGGUGGAAGUCAGCAAGAUAGCCCGAAGACUGCAAAAUCGACUCGCCCUGGCUCAGUUCAAGACCAAGCAUGGCUGGGAGGACUUAACCCUCGACACAAUUGAACCGAAAUACGAAGAGGAAAUGCGACGGAAGCGACUAUGUGAGGGCGACGUCUUGUCCGACUCUUCCUCCAGCGCCUCCGAUCUGCCAUAUCCUACGAGAACCCUCAUGAGCUCUCCAUUGAAGGCUCCCCUUUUUUCCGACGCCAUCGGCUCGAGCAACGGGAGCACCGGCCAUCGCAAGCGGACCUACAUGGCCUCUUUCGAGUACCCCUCGUCCAGUCCAAGCAAGCGCUAUCGGUCUUCUCCUACCCCAAUCAAGUCCUUACACAGCCAUACAUCAUGGAAGGAGAGUCAUCAGUUGGCGCAGUCAUCGCCAAUCAAGCCCCGGAGGCAGCAGCACUUCACCACGUCCACCGGUCCCGAUGUAUCGUUCUUCCAAGGAGCUCGAAGGCUGGCAGAUGACCUGGUGUCGCCCAACUUUGCCGCAAACUCUGACGACGAAGAUGAUCUCCUCCCCGCGCAGUCUUUCAGGACUACCAACAUUCGUUCUUCACCUCCAACAACGCCGCCGAUGCGCAAUCGCGCCAUACCCAACCGUCGCACUAGAGACAGAGGCACAAACGGUGAGCCACCUGCCAAGUCUGGAGAAGAGGGCGCCGACCUCUUGCUGUACCUGGCUGCUUCUCCUUCACCCGCUGUCCCGUCCACCAAAACCAGAAUGGAGCCUCCCUCAACGCCGCCGUCCAAAGUUGGCCGUGACAUGACACUCCCCUCGUCUCAUAUGACCACACCGGGCGGGGGCAACAUGUUCCCCAACACGCCAGGGCAAGGCUUCGACUUUGCAGAGUUUGUUAACAUUACGCCAAGCCCCGCCCAAAAGGCGUGGAAGACACCGGUUGCUCUCUCAUCGGCAAGGACUCCCGUCAGCCUGACAAGGAGACGGUUGACCUUCGACGAGCCCUUGGCUUGA